GUCCUGUGCCCGCAGCCCGAUGGAAAGCAUAAUGAGCAGAGUGAAAGAAAUCGGUGAGACGUUCUGUCGCAGCUACACGCAGUCGACAGAUGAACAGCCGGGAUCUCAUAUAGAUUUUGCUGUAAACAGAUUAAAACUGGCAGAGAUCUUGUACUAUAAAAUCCUGGAGACUAUCAUGGUGCAAGAAACACGAAGGCUCCAUGGGAAGGAUCUGACGGCUGUCCUGGAACAAGACGUCUUUCACCGCUCGCUCAUGGCGUGCUGCUUGGAGAUCGUGCUUUUCGCGUACAGCUCACCCCGGACCUUUCCCUGGAUCAUUGAAGUGCUUGACCUCAGGCCGUUCUAUUUCUAUAAGGUGAUUGAAGUGCUGAUUCGAUCUGAGGAAGGACUUUCCAGAGACAUGGUGAAGCACCUCAACAGCAUUGAGGAACAAAUUCUAGAGAGUCUCGCCUGGACUCGGGACUCGGCACUCUGGAACGCCCUCCAGGCCUCCGAAAACAAGGUUCCAACCUGUGAAGAAGUAAUAUUUCCCAGUAAUUUCGAAGCAAGCAAUGGAGGAAGCGGCCUUGGGCAUUUGCCUAUGAUGCCAAUAUCUCCUAUAAUUCAUCCUCGAGUGAAAGAGGUUCGGACAGAUCUUGGUGGGAGUUUAAGACGGGACCUGCAGGCGUUGUCCCCAAUCUCUGUUCACGAGCGCUACAGUUCUCCUGCAGCUGGAAGUGCCAAGAGAAGGCUCUUUGGUGACGACAGCCCCAAAGAUACGCAGAUGGAAAAAAUUUUAACCGAAGGAACUAAGUUGACAAUUGCUCCAGCGUCAAGCUUUGCUGCUGAAAACGUGUCGGUGUCUCCUGGCCAAACGGUGCUGACCGUGACGACGGCUGUGGUCCCAGGAAAGCCAGGCCAGAAGGUUACUAUCCCGCUGCACGGUAUCGCGAACGACGUGGGUGGGAUCACGCUGAUCCCCAUCUCUAUGAGCUUGGGGCAGUCGUGUAAAACGGAGGCGCCAGCUCCCAGCCACCCCCAGGGGCAUCCGGCACACGAAGUGCAUCAGUCGUCAGCGAGCAAACCAAAGAGAACGGGGUCCUUGGCGCUGUUCUACAGAAAGGUUUAUCACCUGGCCAGCGUGCGUUUGCGCGAUCUGUGCUUAAAGCUGGACGUUUCCAAUGACUUGCGCAGGAAGAUCUGGACGUGCUUUGAAUUCACCCUGGUUCACUGUGCUGAUCUGAUGAAGGACAGACAUUUGGACCAGCUCCUCCUCUGUGCCUUUUAUAUCAUGGCGAAGGUCACCAAAGAGGAGAGAACUUUUCAGGACAUAAUGAAAAGUUACAGAAACCAGCCACAAGCGAACAGCCACGUUUAUAGGAGUGUCUUGUUGAGAAGUAUUUCUGCUGAUGUCCUGCUGGACAAAAAUGCAAACCAGGAUGUGGAGAUGAAAGAAGACUCCCCAGUGAGAACUGACAGUUCCUCGGGACAAUCCACAGCGGAGAACUCCAGUGAGUCGGGAACAGAGGAGAGAGGAGAUCUUAUUAAAUUUUACAACGCAGUCUACGUAGGAAGAGUAAAAUCAUUUGCACUGAAGUACGAUAUCACAAACCAGGAUCACACAGUGGAAGCCCCUCCCCUGUCUCCGUUCCCCAGCAUCAAGCAGCAGCCCGUGUCGCCCCGACGGAUCUCUCAGCAGCACUCUGUUUAUGUUUCCCCACACAAGAACGGCGCCUGCUUGACACCUCGAAGCGCACUACUGUAUAAAUUUAACGGGAGCCCUUCCAAGAGUUUGAAGGACAUCAACAAUAUGAUAAAACACGGUGAACACAGGAGUAAGAAGCGAGCGAUAGCGAUGGACGGUGACACCGAAUCUCCUAUGAAGCGACUCUGCCAGGAAAACGAUGACGUUCUACUUAAACGUCUCCAGGAUGUUGUCAGUGAAAGAGCAAAUCAUUAA